AUGCACAGGCGAGCGGUCACAAGGCUUUCCCGCCGCGUCGAGCUUUCUUCGACCAGCGUAACGGCCUCAACCCCGACCUUCUCCUCUCAGCGGAGCUUCCAAUCCUCCGCACCCCAUCGAAAUUCAGAAUCCGGUGAUAAUAACAAUGAUGGAACGCCUUCGGCCCCUUCGAAGCCAUCGGCUUUUAAGCCCAAGUUUGGUGCUCCCAAGCCUGGUGCAGCCAAGUUCGGAGCUCCCAAGUUCGGAAGCAAAUGGGGACCUGGAACAUCGCAGCCCGUCGGUUUAAGUGCUGCGGAGCAAGCAUUGCGCGACGCGAUGGUUGCUAAAAGCAAGCCGCCACCACCUCCACCAUCCGCUCCAGAGCAGGAGCGCUCAUCGCCGAUACGGAAUCAAAGAUGGGCCAAGCGCUCGUAUACGGACUCGCCCGCCAGAGAAGAAAACCUUCGUGGCCUACACCACCGACAACGACAUACGGAGGAUCAUCAGGCACCAUCGGGACAUCGGAGAGACUGGAACAGGGAAAGGAGACCGAGGGAGGAAAAACAAGUGACGCGGAGUACGACCGAUUGGGACUGUCCAAGUUGCCAAAAAAUGGUAUUUCAACGACACUCGAAUUGCCCUUUCUGCAAAACCCCACGACCAGAUUCGCCAUCAUGGCAAGCACGGCCACCGCGGGAUAGGGAGCAGUCUGCCAAGUUUCGGAGCCUAGGUCGCUCAUUUCUGGCCGACUCUGCAGAAGCCGAGCCUGCGUCAAAGACACCAAAGAAGGAUACAGCUAAGGCUAAAGAAUCCACAGCCAAGGUUGACAAAAAGCCAGCUGUCGACCAGUGGUCAUGGGAUAUGUCUUCCCUGGAGAACUUAGAGACAGAGGAAGUGGAUGAAGAUGUGCCACAAGAUAUGAAGAAGUCUAAGCGCCGCGAUGGGGGAAAGCAGCGGGGAUCUGAGUCCGCAGAGUUCGAGGCUGAGAACCGUGAUCGGCGGCGCGAGGCGCGCCAGCGCAAGAAGGACAAAGAAGCGAAGAGGGAGCAAGCGCGUGCUGCUCCCCAGCCUCUUUACCUCCCUGAGUUCAUUAGCGUUAACAACCUGGCUGAUGUCAUUGGUGUUCGGCCCGCUCAGUUUAUUAUGCGCAUGGAGGAAAUGGGCUUUGAAGAUGUUGAAUACAACCAUGUGCUGGAUGCCGAGACUGCUGGAUUGGUCGCUGCCGAGUAUAAUUAUGAAGCUAUCUUUGAUACUGGGUCCGAUAAUAUUGAGGCUGCGCCGGUGCCCGAGGAUGUUUCUGGCUGGCCAUCUCGACCGCCUGUGGUCACUAUCAUGGGCCAUGUUGACCAUGGUAAAACCACUAUUCUGGAUUGGUUGCGAAAUUCUUCAGUUGCUGCGACUGAGCACGGUGGAAUUACCCAGCACAUUGGUGCCUUCUCCGUGCCAAUGCCUUCCGGAAAAUUGAUUACUUUCUUGGAUACUCCUGGGCAUUCGGCAUUCUUGGAAAUGCGCCGUCGUGGUGCCGAUGUCACCGACAUUGUUGUUCUGGUGGUGGCUGCGGAUGACAGUGUCAAACCUCAGACUAUUGAAGCCAUCAAGCACGCGACACAAGCCAAUGUUCCCAUCAUUGUUGCCAUGAGCAAGAUUGACAAGGAGGGCCGCAACCCUGAUCGCGUGAAGCAAGAUCUAUCGGUCCACGGUGUUCACGUUGAAGAUUACGGUGGUGAUGUCCAGGCCAUCGGAGUCAGUGGUAAGACUGGAGAAGGUAUGCUUGAGCUCGAGGAGGCUAUUGGCGCCCUUUCAGAGAUGCUUGAUCACCGAGCCCAAAAGACCGGCAACGUCGAAGGCUGGGUUCUUGAAGCUUCCACCAAGACUUAUGGCCGAGUUGCAUCAGCUCUCAUCCGUCGUGGUACGCUGCGACCCGGCGAUAUCAUUGUUGCUGGUAAUACCUGGGCUCGAGUGCGCACUUUGCGUAACGAGGCCGGCUUGACCGUCAGUGAAGCUACACCGGGAAUGCCUAUUGAGAUUGACGGCUGGAGAGACCAACCUGCCGCUGGUGCUGAGAUUCUACAGGCAUCUACUGAGCAGAAGGCCAAGGAUGUUGUGCAAUAUCGCCAGGACCGAGUAGACACCGAGAAGCUCAGUCAGGAUAUGGUUGCGAUUAACGAGGCCCGACGAGAGCUUUCCGAGAAGCGCAAACUUGAAGAGGAAGCCGAGUCGGAUGAUGCGGCUACUCCAACAGCAGCUGAACCAAGUGGCCCCAAGGCAGUCAACUUCAUCAUCAAGGCCGAUGUUGAUGGUUCUGCCGAGGCAGUCAUGAACUCCAUGGCUGCCAUCGGAAACAACGAGGUCUAUGCCAACAUCCUUCGCUCGGGAGUUGGUCCCAUAACAGAGUUCGAUGUUGAGCAUGCUGCCGCUGCUAAGGGCAGACUGAUCUCUUUCAACCAGCCCAUCGAUCCAGGCAUGAUGCGCAUGGCGGAACAAGACGGUGUAAAGAUCAUGGAUCACAACAUUAUCUAUAAGCUCAUUGACGACGUCAAGGCGGAUCUCAGUCAAUACCUUGCACCCACUAUUACCCAACGUGUGACUGGUGAAGCCGAGAUUGGCCAAAUCUUCGACAUCACCGUCAAGGGUCGCGACAAGAUCGCUAUUGCGGGUUGUCGUGUGCGUAACGGUACAGUCAACAAGGCUCGCAAGGUCAGAGUCCUACGACGCGACGUCACUGUUUACGAUGGCACGAUGACUUCGCUCAAGAACGUCAAGAAGGACGUUACGGAAAUGCGCAAAGACACCGAGUGUGGUAUUGGAUUCGAUGGUUGGUCCGAAUUUGCUGUUGGCGAUCACAUCCAGUGCUAUGAGGAAAUCCACGAGAAGCGCUUCCUCUAA